AGAGAAACAUAUAAAACCCUUUGGAAGCAAACAGACCUUUCAGCCCGGGGACAUGCUAAAUGAACCUUCUCAGCGAGAGGCAGUGAGGCGCAGGGCGCGGGCGACAGCGACAGCGCGGGCGAGCGGGGAGGGGCGAGGGACCGCUCCGGGAAGGACACAGCCAGUCAGAGGCGCGGGGCGCGGGGCGCGCGGACGCAUUGGAGGAAAACACGCGAGCCCCAAACGUACCAGCCUGAGGAGGCGCCGCACCUACUUCCCGAUAUAACCAACUCCGGAGUGGGGGCGCGGAACUGCGAGGAGGCGGCAGCCAAAGUGCCAUUAAAGCUCGGGGCGGAAAGGAUGAGUUACCUGGGUCCCCUCUUCAGGGAGAAGCAGGGCAAGCUGGAGGAUUUCCUCUGAAUGAUUAAAAACUCCGCAAUUCUCUCCUGCCACAGGCUGACUGGACUCAAGGAACUGCUCUAUCUGAACUGUGUUGAUGGGCAGGAGGAUGGCAGACAGGAAUUGAGAGUCACAGAGGAAGGACAGGGGAGUCUGGCAUCUCAUUGGUGGCCUUCAAGGAUUGCUAUUUAUGUCAUUCAAGACCUACUAAGCAUCAUUUUUGCAUGACAACUGCAAAAAGAUAAGCAAGUUUGUUUUUGAAGUUUCUAACUUGGACACUGUUUUCAGAAAGCAGGGCAUUCUUUAAUGAAGAAACAUCACAGCUGCUAAACAAAGUAGGUGGGACACAGGAUAUCCUAGUAACCAAGGAUGGCUUCCUCUUGGAAACUAAUUUUGUUUCUGUCAGUAGCCGGGUAUCUUUCAGAAUAUUCUGGAGCUCUUCCUAAUUUCCCUACUUCAUAUGCUGCUUUGCUAAGAAUUAAAAAGAGUUCAUCUUCCUCUCUCUUUGGUUCAAAGACUAGACCACGAUACAACAAUCCUUCAUUAGGAACACUGAGUGUUUCUUCACCAAGCUGGCGAGGGACAGCUCAACAUUAUUAUUCCCCCAUCAAUCUUUAUCAUUCCUCAGAUGCCUUCAAACAAGAUGAAAGUGUGGACUAUGGGCCAGUGUUUGUACAAGAACCAGAUGAUAUAAUUUUCCCGACUGAUUCUGAUGAAAAGAAAGUAGCACUGAAUUGUGAAGCCCGUGGCAACCCAGUUCCCAAUUACAGGUGGCUUCGAAAUGGAACAGAAAUAGAUUUGGAAAGUGACUAUCGCUACAGUUUGAUAGACGGGACCUUCAUUAUCAGCAAUCCAAGUGAAGCAAAGGAUUCUGGUCAUUAUCAGUGUUUAGCAGCCAACACAUUUGGAAGUAUUCUUAGUAGAGAAGUCAUACUUCAAUUUGCCUAUCUGGGAAAUUUUAGUGGCCGGACAAGAAGUGCAGUCUCUGUGAGGGAAGGCCAGGGGGUUGUUCUGAUGUGCUCUCCUCCGCCUCAUUCACCAGAGAUCAUCUAUAGCUGGGUAUUUAAUGAGUUCCCUUCCUUUGUGGCGGAAGACAGCCGGCGGUUCAUUUCCCAGGAGACAGGCAACCUCUAUAUAUCUAAAGUCCAAACAUCAGAUGUUGGCAGCUAUAUUUGUCUGGUGAAAAACACAGUGACAAAUGCUCGAGUACUUAGUCCUCCAACACCACUCACUCUACGUAAUGAUGGUGUGAUGGGAGAAUAUGAGCCGAAAAUUGAGGUCCAUUUUCCUUUCACGGUUACAGCUGCUAAGGGAACAACUGUUAAGAUGGAAUGCUUUGCACUUGGCAACCCAGUUCCAACAAUCACAUGGAUGAAGGUUAAUGGUUAUAUUCCUAGUAAGGCACGUCUGCGGAAAUCUCAAGCGGUGCUGGAAAUACCCAAUGUGCAGCUGGAUGAUGCAGGCCUAUAUGAGUGCAGAGCUGAAAAUUCACGUGGAAAAAACUCCUUCCGUGGACAAUUACAAGUAUACACUUAUCCACACUGGGUAGAAAAACUGAAUGACACUCAGUUGGACAGUGGGAGCCCUCUCCGAUGGGAAUGUAAGGCUACUGGAAAACCCCGACCCACAUACCGUUGGCUGAAGAAUGGAGUUUCCCUCUUGCCUCAGAAUAGGAUUGAGAUGGUUAAUGGAGUAUUGAUGAUCCACAACGUGAAUCAAUCAGAUGCUGGAAUGUAUCAGUGUUUGGCCGAAAAUAAAUACGGAGCCAUUUUUGCGAGUGCUGAGCUGAAGAUUCUAGCUUCAGCUCCUACUUUUGCACUGAAUCAAAUGAAGAAAACAAUAAUUAUUACCAAAGACCAAGAAGUCAUCAUAGAGUGCAAACCCCAAGGCUCUCCAAAACCAACCAUUUCUUGGAAGAAGGGAGACAAAGCAGUUAGAGAGAAUAAAAGAAUAGCUAUUCUUCCAGACGGAAGUCUACGGAUCCUAAAUGCUUCUAAAUCAGAUGAGGGAAAGUACGUUUGCCAAGGGGAAAAUGUCUUUGGUUCUGCUGAAACCAUAGCUUCAGUAUCUGUAAAAGAACCUACAAGAAUAGAACUUACUCCUAAAAGAACAGAGUUAACAGUGGGAGAAAGCAUUGUCCUUAAUUGCAAAGCAAUUCAUGAUGCUAGUUUGGAUGUCACUUUCUACUGGACACUAAAAGGACAGCCUAUUGAUUUUGAGAAAGAAGGUGGACAUUUUGAAAGCAUCAGGGCCCAAGCAUCCUCUGCAGAUUUAAUGAUCAGGAACAUCCUUCUGAUGCAUGCUGGGAGAUAUGGCUGCAGGGUACAGACCACAGCAGACAGUGUGUCAGAUGAGGCAGAACUUCUUGUUAGGGGUCCCCCAGGCCCACCAGGGAUAGUGAUUGUUGAAGACAUCACGGAAAGCACAGCCACACUCUCCUGGAGUCCUGCAUCUGAUAACCACAGUCCAAUCUCCUCCUACAACCUGCAGGCUCGCAGCCCAUUUUCGCUGGGCUGGCAAACAGUAAAAACAAUCCCAGAAAUCAUAACAGGUGACAUGGAGUCAGCCAUGGCAGUGGACCUUAACCCCUGGGUGGAAUAUGAAUUUAGAGUGGUGGCUACCAAUCCAAUUGGGACUGGAGAUCCAAGCACUCCAUCUCGAAUGAUCCGUACAAAUGAAGCAGUUCCAAAGACAGCACCCACCAAUGUAAGUGGAAGAAGUGGAAGAAGGCAUGAGUUAGUCAUAGCCUGGGAGCCAGUAUCUGAAGAGUUUCAGAAUGGGGAAGGCUUUGGCUAUAUUGUAGCUUUCAGGCCCAAUGGAACACGUGGCUGGAAGGAAAAAAUGGUGACAUCCUCUGAAGCUUCAAAAUUCAUUUAUCGGGAUGAAAGUGUUCCUCCUCUUACUCCCUUUGAAGUGAAGGUUGGAGUUUAUAACAAUAAAGGAGAUGGACCUUUCAGUCAGAUUGUGGUUAUCUGUUCAGCUGAAGGAGAACCCAGUGCUGCUCCCACAGAUGUCAAGGCUACAAGUGUGUCUGUGUCAGAGAUUCUUGUUGCAUGGAAACAUAUUAAAGAAAGUCUAGGAAGACCACAGGGAUUUGAGGUUGGUUAUCGGAAAGACAUGGAACAAGAAGAUGCAGCAGAAACAGUCAAAACUAGAGGAAAUGAGUCAUCUGUCAUUCUAACAGGAUUAGAAGGAAAUACUUUAUAUCACUUCAGAGUGAGGGCUUAUAAUGGUGCUGGAUAUGGGCCACCUAGCAGUGAAGUGAGUGCAACCACCAAGAAAUCCCCCCCUAGUCAAGCACCUAGCAAUCUCAGGUGGGAACAGCAAGGUUCUCAACUUUCUCUUGGCUGGGAACCUGUCAGACCAUUAGCCAAUGAAUCUGAAGUCAUGGGCUACAAGGUUUUUUACAGGCAAGAGGGGCACAGCAACAGUCAAGUUAUUGAAACACAGAAACCUCAAGCAGUAGUACCACUCCCUGAUGCUGGAGUCUAUAUUAUUGAAGUUCGAGCAUACAGUGAAGGAGGGGAUGGAACGGCUAGUUCCCAAAUCAGGGUGCCAUCCUAUUCAGGUGGGAAAAUCACUAGUGCUCAAUCGACCCUCCACACACUUUCUCCAUCUUCAUCAUCGGUAACAUUACUCUUGGCAUUGAUGAUUCCCUCAACCUCUUGGUGAAAACUGCAGCUUAAUUUGCUUUGCUUUGCUUUGCUUUAGCGUGAAAAUAGCGGUGAAUAGAGUGUAGUGUAAGUGGAGACCCAGGACCCUGAGAUGAGCUUUAAAAUUUUGGGACUGCACAUGGUGCACUUACAAGAGGUUGGGGGGGAAUAUGAUUUAUCCAUCAGGUUUCUCUUUGAUUUUGUAAAUGGAGAGGACAGUUCUUGGUCCAAUAAAAAUAUGCAGAUUGUAUGUAAUGAAUUUUUUUUGUAAGUAAAAGUAAUUUCUGUCAAAUGUAUUCUUUACUUUUUUAAUAUGUUGGAAUUUGAUUUUAUAUCUGAUGACCCUGAAUGUGUGCCAUCCAUUUGUUAAUUAAGUGGUCUCUAGCAGAUCUGUUUCAAACACAAAUACAAAA